AUGUUCCUUCCACAUAAAAUUAGUAACGGAAGUCCCCUCUCCCCGUGGGAGAGGGUUAGGGAGAGGGAAAAUAAAAUGAAGCUAAACCCCAAAUUAUUAGAAUACGCUAAAUCUAUGCGACACGAUGCCACAGAUGCCGAACAUCUUAUGUGGCAACUUUUACGAGCUCAACGAUUUAUGAAUUUAAAGUUUCGUCGUCAACAUGUGAUUGAGCCUUAUAUUGUUGAUUUUUACUGUCAUGAAUUGGACUUAGUGGUUGAGUUGGAUGGUGGUCAACAUAAUACAGAUGUGGGCGUAGCUUAUGAUAAUGAAAGAACUCAGUUUUUAGAGGCCUUGGGACUUAAAGUUAUCCGUUAUUGGAAUGAUGAUGUAUUGAAUCAGACUGAAGUGGUGUUAGCGGAUUUGUGGAAUAUCUGUAUUGAAUUGAAAGACACCUCUCCCUAA